CAGGAGGCGCUGGGGAGCUCAGGCGCCGCACGCGUACCGCCGCGGGAGCGCGAGCCGGACCGUAAGCUCCCGGGGACCGCGGCGGCCGCGCCGUCCCGCCCAGGUCAGGAGUCAUGUGGCUGGAACUUCUCCUCGCCUCGGUGCUGGGCCUCGUCAUCUACUGGUUCUUCUCUCGGGACAAGGAGGAAAGUUUACCACUUGAAGACGGGUGGUGGGGCCCAGGUGCAAAGCCCACCAGCGAGGAAGACGAGAGCAUCCACCCUUUCAAGGUGGACACGUCAGAUGAGGAGAUCGAGGACUUACACCAGAGGAUUGAUAAGUUCCGUGGAAGCCCACCUUUGGAGGGCAGCCGCUUCCACUAUGGUUUCAACUCCAACUACCUGAAGAAAAUCGUGUCCUACUGGCGGAACGAGUUUGACUGGAGGAAGCAGGUGGAGAUGCUCAACAAGUACCCUCACUUCAAGACCAACAUUGAAGGUCUGGACAUCCACUUUAUCCAUGUGAAACCCACCCAGCAAGCCUCAGGCUGCACGCCGAAGCCCUUGUUGAUGGUGCAUGGCUGGCCCGGCUCCUUCUACGAGUUUUACAAGAUCAUCCCGCUGCUCACUGACCCCAAGAACCACGGCCUGAGCGACGAGCAUGUGUUCGAAGUCAUCUGCCCCUCCAUCCCUGGCUAUGGCUUCUCACAGGCACCCAGCAAGCAAGGUUUCAAUUCGGUGGCCGCUGCCAGGAUCUUCUAUAAGCUGAUGCUCAGGCUGGGCUUCCAGAAAUUCUACAUUCAAGGCGGGGACUGGGGAUCCCUGAUCUGCACCAACAUGGCCCAGCUCGUGCCCAGCCACGUGAAAGGCCUACACUUGAACAUGGCUCUCAUCUCAAGAACUUUCUACACCCUGACCCCUCUCCUGGGCCGGCGUUUUGGGGGGCUCUUUGGCUACACUGAAAGGGAUACGCAGCUCUUGUACCCCUUCAAGGAGAAGAUUUUCUACAGCAUCAUGAGGGAGAGCGGCUACUUACACAUCCAGGCCACCAAGCCGGACACCGUGGGCUGUGCUCUGAAUGACUCACCAGUAGGUCUGGCUGCCUACAUCCUGGAGAAGUUCUCCACCUGGACCAACACGGAAUUCCGGUACCUGGACGAUGGAGGACUGGAAAGGAAGUUCUCCCUGGACGAGCUUCUGACCAACAUCAUGCUCUACUGGACGACAGGGACCAUCAUCUCCUCUCAGCGUUUCUAUAAGGAAAACAUGGGCCAGGGCUUCCUGGCCCAGAGGCACGAGAGGCUGAAGGUCUUUGUGCCCACUGGCUUUGCUGCCUUCCCUUGUGAGAUACUGCACGCUCCAGAAAAGUGGGUGAGAUCCAAGUACCCCAAACUCAUCUCCUAUUCCUACAUGGAGCGAGGAGGCCACUUUGCUGCCUUUGAAGAGCCCAAGCUGCUGGCCCAGGACAUCUGCAAGUUCGUGACCCUGGUGGAACUUCAGUGAUGACCUUGGGGAUCAAGUCCUCAGCAGUAGUCCUGGCCACUCCCGAGUGCCCCUUGGGGAAGAUGCCCCCUUUCUGAGAAUGAGUUUGUUUCUGUCCCCUGACUGCACCGCGUGCUCGGGCAUGCCACCCCUGCUCACCCCCUCACUACCCGUGUGUACUGCCCACUAUGCACCAUGUUCAAGCAGCUUUGGUAAUAAAUGGUUUCCUUUCUAA